AUGCGGCCGAUACGCCGCCGCGAAAACGGAAUUGUGUGUUCGAGCCAAUUACCAAAUCUGUGGGAGCAGUUAUUUUCGGUGAGGAGAAGUUUGUAUAGGCCGACAAGCCAUUGCGGGGCCGGACGAGUGUAUACAACGGCAACGACCGAGCAUACCGGUGUGCAUCCAUCCCAAACAGCAGCA